AUGCUCUGGCAUGCCAACGAAACUCCAGUGACAUACCUCAAUAAAGGUCAAACAUACUGUCUCAAGGUGGCGAAUUCUACACCGCCGUCAAAUAAGGUUGGAUUAUUCAAAUAUAGAACGUUCGUGCACAUAUCCUUCGAAGGAGAAGAUCAGAGAUCGAAUCCGGUCGCAUGUUGGCAACUAUGGAAGGAAAACCGAGGCUCAAAAGAAGUCCAUGAGCCCAAAGGCAAGAUCUUGGCUGUCGAGUAUGUCAAUUUCCGGGGAAAUGUUCGGGAUCGGGGCCACAUACAGCUUGAAGAAGCUUUCGUUGAUGGGUUCUGUGUCACCUGGGCAUCUGAUAUAACCGCGAACAUCUAUGAAGCUGCAAUUCUGCUUAAAUUCAAUUUUCUAUCAACCGAUUUUACCCGCUCAAAGGAGGUGAAAGGAGUUCCAGUCAGGCUAUGCGCAAAAACCGAAGUGUUGCGGUCGGACGACGAAAACCCGACCAUGGAGGCAGGGCCAGAAAUGUGUUACUGUGUGGUAAAGCUCUUCCGGGACCACGGUGCCGAAAGGAAAUCUGCCAAUGACAAGAAACAUGCCGAAAAAAGAAUUGUGAAGCUCCACAAACAAAAACUCGACAUGAAGACAGCUGCCGACUUUGCUAGACGAAGUCGCAGCAACAGCCCCAUGAAAAACGAUUCUCGACUUCACAGGGGCAGGCGGUCAAUAAGUUCGCGCCGAUGUUCCAUGUCCCGUGAAGACAUUAACGCCGAUGUACUUGGUCUUCGUGGAAACGAGAAGCAUGAUCCAGAUCUAUAUUCCAUUAGUUCAUCACAUGGAAUGAGCAACUUCACGAAGGCUGGGAUCUCGGAAAAUUAA